AAGCAGUCAGCAAACACCAUACAGUAAUUCCUAUAGUAUUUCCUUCUUGUUACUGACAGAGUUCAUGCGAGGUAAUUCCAGCAUAAGGGGACUGAGAGAGUUCACGCGAGGUAAUUCCAGCAUAAGGGGACUGAGAGAGUUCACGCGAGGACUUCUAAUCAAUAGUUAACUUUUGAAGCUAUCCUAAUGAGACCAAUGAUCAGCCUGUUUGCACACACAGUGCAAGAUUUGCUACGGAGCUUUUCCUUAAAAAAAACCUAUGGCUGGGCAUUUUCAAGUCAUGGCUUUCAGCACUGCCAUCCAUCCUGUGCGUAAAGUUGCUAUAUUUGGUGGCACUCAUGGAAAUGAGUUAUCAGGGGUCUUUCUUGUUAAACACUGGUUAAAACAUGGAGAGGAGGUUGCAAGGCGUGGUAUGGAGGUGAGACCAUUUAUUACCAACCCAAGAGCUGUGGAGAAAUGUAUUAGAUAUAUUGACACUGACCUGAACAGAGUAUUUGAUUCACAAAAUCUUAGUAAGAAAGAGAAUUCUGUGAACUUGCCUUAUGAAGUGAAGAGAGCUCAGUAUAUCAACUCAAUAUUUGGGCCCAAGGGAAGUGAUGAUGCGUAUGACGUGAUACUUGACCUUCACAAUACAACGUCAUGCAUGGGUGCCACACUCAUUCUUGAGGAUUCUAAAGAUGACUUUACAAUUCAGAUGAUUCAUUAUAUUCAGAAAUUCAUGGCUCCAGUGCCCUGCCCUGUGUUGUUACUUGAGCUUCCUUCCAUGAAAUAUGCUUCUACUCGCACUAUAGCAAAGCAUCCCCUGGGUGUUGAGGUGGGGCCACAGCCUCAAGGAGUUCUUAGAGCUGAUAUACUUGACAAAAUGAGACGAAUUGUGAAAUAUGCCCUUGAUUUUAUACAGUCUUUCAAUGAAGGCACAGAAUUUCCUGCGUGCCACAUUGAGGUGUACAAAGUAUUGGAAAAAGUAGAUUACCCUAGGGAUGAGAACGGUGACCUUGCUGCAUUUAUACAUAAAAAAUUCCAGGAUCAAGACUGGCAAGAACUGAAAUCUGGAGAUCCUAUAUUUUUCACCCUAGACGGGAAGACUAUAAACUACGAAGGCGAAGACAGCGUGUUUCCAACCUUUGUUAAUGAAGCAGCAUAUUAUGAAAAAAAGCAGGCAUUUACAAAAACUCAGAAAGUGACAUUAGAUGCACAAGCAGUUAGACCUUUAUCAGAAAGAUGAGGAACAUAUUUGUUUUUUUCAUUUUGUAUUUCUUAAAACAACAUAUUAUUUCUUAAUACAGGGGGACAUAAAGCAUACACUUAAUACUGAUAUAAAAAUACACUUUGGACUAAUAAGAAGUUGAGCUGCCCUUAUGUAUAACAAAAGCAUGAGAUAGAUAAUAUAUAUCUUUAGAAACUUCUGCAGUUAUAUACAUUAUACAUAUUUAGAUCUACAAUUGUGCAGGUAUUGCUUGAGUUGUUCCAGUAUAAGCCUAACGUUUGAAAAUGUGCGUAGGGUUAAUGAAUUGCACUUUUACUGGGUAAUUUUACUCUUUAACUGCUGAGCCAUUUUCACCGCUAUGCUGAGCUGUUUUGCAGUUUUUAGAUGCUGCUCACAUUUAAGCCCUUCUUUAGACUAUUUUUCAGUUAAAAAAAACAAACAAAAAAAACACACCUACUAUGUCUUUUUUCAGGAGACCCAGCAGAUUCAAACUAUAGUAUUAUUUUAUUUAUAUAUCAUGACAUGUGAGAAACCUGCAAAAAAAAAAAGUGGAGGAAAUAAUUUUUUUAAAUUAAAAUUGUAAUAAAUAAUGUUAUAAACAA